UCUGGGCAUACUACUGAUCCAGGAGCCAUGGGUCAGAAAAGGAGAGGUCAGGGGCCUCAAAAUGAAGUCAAACAAGAGUUCCUAACACAGGACCUGGUCGCUGUACAAGCCACGAACGACGAAGGAGCGGACUUCGUCGUGGCAGCGGCCUAUUUUCCGGGGGAGACUCCGAUAGCACCCCCAGAGGCAAUCGGCAACCUGGUAGAGCACUGCAGGCGGAAUAAACUGCCCCUCAUCAUGGGCUGCGAUGCGAAUGCCCACCAUAUCGAAUGGGGCAGCACGGACUGCAACACACGGGUGAUUCGUCAACGAUUUGUAAACUCUCGGGCACUAAUAUUAACAUCGCCACAGCAGUCUUUAGCAACUUAUGCUGUUUGCAUCACGACACUGAAGCAUCUUUUUUAGAUCCUGAAAUUGA